AUGGGGAAAUUGAGACUCGAUGCACGCCCAGCAGAGGGCACCAUUGGUCUCAAUCAAUUUGCCGUCUUGCCUGAACUCAGCCGGCUCAGGGUCCGACUUGGCCGUGUGAUUUCUUCGCAAAAAGUAACACUUUACGCGGUUCCUCCGACGACGCACCGAUCAGCCUUUCAUCCGGUCCUUCCUCCACUCUCGCUUGUGGCAGCACAUCCAUCAUCCAUCAUGGCAUCGACAUCUGCCGCAGCCUCAACCUCGACCAUGGACGCAUCACGUCGCCUACUCAUCCCUCUCCACAUCGCGUUCGUCGAAGCGCUCGACAAGAAACGCGAUUCGCUCGCCUACCACUUCACCACGCAUCUACGCAUGAACGGCGUCUACUGGGGUCUCACCGCAUUGGAGAUCCUCGGCAGACCAGAGGUGCUCGACAGACAGGCGCUCAUCGACUUUGUAUUCAGCUGCUGGGACGAAGACGCCGGUGGAUUCGGCUCGUUUCCGGGUCACGAUGCACAUGUUCACAGCACCUUGUCUGCGAUACAGAUUUUGGCGAUGAAGCAGGCGCUGGACGAACUGGAUAGCAGAGGUUUGCGGGAUAGAGUCGUCAGAUGUGAGUCGUAA